AUGUCUGAGAAAUUAACGAACGAAACUCCCGAUGUUGACAGUGAGCUAACCCGGACGAGCGUAGAUACCGGUGCCGGUCUUUACAGCCUAUCGGACGAACAGAAACAACUGGACAUCCAAUGGAUGUGCGAAAACGGAUUCAUCAUUGAGUGGGACGACAGUCUGAGUCUAGGUUUUGGCUCAACGGCCGAUGCCGUAUACCGGGGCACAUAUGGACAGCAGAUUACAAAAUUAGCGGAUAGGUAUCAUCAACAUAUCCGAAAUGUCGAUCCGGGUGAUUUAUUCGCAGCCAAAUACUGUCAGCCCAGGGGUCGUAUGUAUAAAAUGAAAGCAUUUGAAUACGAGAAGGAUCUCAUGAAAUGUGUUUCUCAUCGCAAUGUCUUAGGGCUGCGAAUGGCCAUCAAUUUGGGACAAAAGCAGACCAUCGAGAGGUUCACUGGUGUGGGCACUGAGACCACCAAAUUUGACACCUAUUCCCGUAUGUUCCUGAUCAUGGACUACGCUGACCAUGGUUCGUUGUGCGAGUUUUUACUGAAAAAGGACCCACCACAAACGGACAUGUGCAAUGGUCCGGUGCUACACUCACUACUCGCGGAUCUAUGUUAUGGUCUACAAUACUUGCAUAGUGUGAACAUAUUCCACGGAGAUAUAGACAUAUCGCUAAGUACUGUACUUACAACUUUGCAUACGAAAUAUAGUGAUAAUGCAAGUGAUGUUUGCGAUACUGACUGUAAUCACUGGAAAUUUGAUGAGAGUUAUGGCACUACUAUUAUACAAGAGUUUCAAUUAGUUUGCGACAAAUCAUGGUUACCCUCAUUAUCGCAGUCUAUCUACCAAUCGGGUUACGCCGUAAACGGCUUAAUAUUAGGCUAUCUAUCAGAUAGGUUUGGUCGACGACCGGUGCUUUGGUUAGCGAUUAUACUGGAAAUAUGUGGCGGACUUUCAGUCAUAUUCUCGGGGUCUAUGACCCAGUACAUUAUAAGUAGAUUUUUUCUCGGAUUAGGUGAUAGUGGACGUGGAACACAAAACACAGCCAACGUCCAAAAGCACCGGACGAUACUGGACUUACUGUCCCACCGACUGAUGCGGAACUAUACCCUUAUAUUCUGGUUCUCAUUCGCUGUGAACGCAUUCAUAUAUCACGGAAUAUCGCUGAAUGUGCAACAAAUCGGC